AUGCAGCAAAAUGAGGAUUUAGUAAGGACGGCUAAUUUCAACCUUAAUAAUGUAUUAAUCAAUAUAGACAGUACUGAAGGUGUUGAAGGUUCUGAAGAACAAGGUCAAAUAAUGUAUGAACACGUUCAAGACAUUCAAGGACAAGAACAAGCAAUAAUAUUAGGAACAAGUACUAGUAUGACAAUUAACAAUAAUAAGGACAUGGUGCAAACAAUUACUCAAGGUGGAUUUUACCUAUGGUGA